AUGCACCCUCGUCCCUUCGCCAAUGACGAAGAAGCCUUAAUUUCAGAGUUUGCAAUACGCAAACUGGACAAAGGUCAGUAUAUAGAACUGUACUACUGGACGAAUCAUGGACUCGACGAUGCAAUGGUCAACUACCAUACUCGUGACGACGAUAGCUUAGUUCCUACCACCGGCGAAGACGGUUCCACAGUUUGGAUAAGCUCUGCAUCCUCUAAACCGGCAUCAGGCGUCAUAGUGGAUAGACACUUAUCCCCAGCAGAUUUCGCACAAGCUAUUCCUCACAUAGUCGCGGCUCUAGAAGAGCGCGACUGGCCUCAACAACGUGUGCUGAUGCUCGCCCAAUUCUGGGGAGCCAUCAUGCUACAUCGUUACUGGAACUCUCGUGACUCAUUAGCUCAACGAGCCAUCAUGCUAUUCCAGGAAGAGCAAUGCAGAGCGUGGCACAACACUAUUCCAUCCUCAAAAGGUGCUUGGGAUAUUUCAGUCAUUGAUGAGCCAACCCUUGCGCGCACCUUUGAGCAGGUUUAUCGUGCCUCGCUCAUUCGUUCUGAUGUGCACAGACAAGAUACUCAGGUUAGCACCUCCUUUUUCAAUUACUUUGAAAUCUUUCUAAUUGCAUUCCCUUUCUCCUCACAAUCACAUCAAACCAACCGCGUUUAA